ACGAGACCCAAAGCAAUCAAAACCACCGAGAGAGAGAUAGAAUCUCUUAUCACAGAGAGAGAGAGAGGCGAUGAGUGAAACACAGGGAGAAGCAUUUUCAGCUUACGAAGUGAUGUCAAGUUGGUUAACACCCUCGUGCCUAUUCAUCAUAAUCAACCUCGUCAUAGCAACCAUAGCCAUCACUUCUCGUUUCGCCAACCCCACAAAAAAACAACUCCAACGUUCUCCCUCCUUACUAGAUCGACUCAUGUCCUUCCGUUGCUACAAACACGAAACGUCAAACCCAGUUCAGACCCAUGACGCACCCCGGUUCGACCGGGUUUCGUCGUCGUUGCUGGACCGGGUGAGGUCGUUCAAUCUCGCCCUACACGAAGAGGAUCCGAAACCCGACCCGAAUGAGCCGACCAAACAGCAACUGACCCGCGCUCCCUCGCUAUUGGAGCGGCUUAUGUCGGUGAAGCUAUACAGAUCGGAGUCUGUGAAGGAACCUGAACCCGAACCCAAAGCUAAGGUUACGGAGGAAGAAGAGGAAGAAGGGGUGGAUGCUAAGGCUGAUGAUUUUAUCAAUAGGUUUAGGCAGCAACUAAGGUUGCAGAGACUCGACUCUAUUCUACGUUACAGGGAUAUGCUCAAACGAAACUGAAAAGAAAAGAAGAAGCCUUUGGAUUCACCAUUCAUGAUUAACUGAAAGACGGAGAAACAUGUUCGCCACAGUGUGUGAAUUGCGAUCCUUUUUUCAGAUACUUCAUUCGUCGAUCUUUCUGCAUGGACACGAGAAUUGGCCUAGCUCGUUGUUCUUUUGUGAAGGAAUGGUGUUUUGCUCCAGUUGGCAAAACGUUCCAGUUUUUUUUUUUUUUUUCCCUCGGGGUUGAGAUUCUGAUUAGUUUGAACUGAUUAUAGUUCAUAAACUGCAUUUAAUUGUAUUAUUCACAAGUCUGCGUUACUUCUUUGUUGCA